AUGCCCACCAUUAAAGGUAUUCUCGACGUUAGCAUAGAGACCUUAAACGGGCAAGUUCUCAAAGAGUAUGGGAUUACUCGCUCGAAUAAGGGUCCACUUUCUACCUCCUUCGUCCUCUCUCAAACCGGUGCUUCGUUCCAAAUUUGCUUUAGACCGAUCCAAUCUCUCUUCUCCCACUUGGAUGACUACAGGACUGUUGGAUAUCACGACCCCUACUGGAAUUUAGCGGCACAUAUUUAUAUCGACAAAAGCGAGAAUACAGAAAGGGAAGUAAUUAUUAAGCUCCCGCAGAAAGGAGUCCGCCCCGCGAAUACCAUAGCACAAGGUCGCCCAGCCGUAGGUGAAGAUGGUACCCCAAUGGAACAGCCAUGGAUGUUUAGUGAAAUACCGGUGGAAUACCUAAUGGCUGGCCUCUCAACCGGCGAGAAGCUAGAAAAAGCCUAUGGAGGAGAAUCUGUUGAAGGUCCUAAUCACCAAACCGAAAUGGGCCAAAUCAAAAUUAUCCUACACCGUAUUCUCCAACGCAGAGUCACAGACCAACAGACAGACAGCUAUAUGUCGAACACAGAAGACCCUGGAUGCGUAGGCCAUGAUGUCUCGCACGUUGUAGGAGUCGGAGAGGCAAAGCCCUCAGAAGAUAUAUACUGGGAGGUAGAUUAUCUUGAUAGAAUCGAAAAUCCGUGGGCCUCCAUGAUUUUUAUGUAUCGUGGAAAGAAGUCGCUCCAGAAAAUAGGGUUAAUUUCUCAGGACGAUCCCGUUCUAGGAGUUUCGAGUCUCUCCAGUUUGAAUCGACAAUUGGGAAAAAGGGGCUAUCAGAAUGUAAAUUUUAUCGACACCCUGACGGCUAGAACCCCGGCUAUGGAGCCCGUUUCCAAGAAGUUGAAACAAGAUAUCAGUGGCGGCGGUGGUCGUGCGGCGCCUGUGGGUUCUUUUCCCAAGAUCGCAUCCGCUACUGGAAACAAAGUAUUCCGUGCAGGUUCGCUCCCAAAGCUUGAUGGAAGGACCAUUGCUUCUUUUAGGACCGCCUCCAGUCUCCGUACAAAGAAUUCGAAGCAAAAUGAUAGUAGCGGAGGGGACGCCGAACUUCUACACUCCUUCUCCAAGGUUGCUAUUCGAGCUAAGAAGAACCUCAUCCGAAAGGGCAUAAAGGAUCAUUCUAAGCAGCCAAAUGACACUCAGUCUGGCAAUAAUACACGUGUUGAUAGUAGCGCUAGCAAUCCGAUGUGGGUCAGGCAAUACAGCACCAGGUCCAGCACCAGACUCCAACAGGCAAGUGAGUGGGCAUUCCUUGAAGAGUUUGAAAAGGAUGCACCGGUGGGCGAUGUUCCCAUGAACUCUGAAGAAUUAAAGAACGGGGAAGAAGGAAAGGACGGUGUACUCGAGUUCGGAGCCGGGGGUACAUCAGCAUAA